AUGAGUGAGUCUAGUGAUUCACUUAAUUUCAUCAAAAAGGUUAUCAUCAAAAACACUUAUGAGAAAGGAAUGAACAAGAUGCAAUCAGAUAUGUUUAAUAGUAAGAAAUUAUUCAGCCCCUCAGAGUCGAAAACUUAUCCUAAAAAUCAACAAUCAUUUAAAAAUGCUGCCAUCAUCAAUUAAUAACUUAAAAAUAAAGAUGAAUCUAGCUCUAAAGUAAUUGAAAAUUAAAAGACAACUAAAUAUAUUAGAAAAAAGAGUAAGGAUGAAAAGAAAUAAAACAAUGAUAUAUUUCCAAAGGAUAAAAAAUUACCUGAUAAAGUAUAGAAAUCAAUUAACUCUGUGAAUGAAAAAAAACUUCCAUUAAAUAAAAUGGAUCAGGAACAAUUAGAUAAAAAUGAAAGCAGUUAAAAUGUAUUUAAGACUAAGAAGAAAUCAAUUUCUAGUGUUAAGUCUAAAGUAAAUAAAGAAAAAGCUUUAGAUUUUGGAAAUGUGCCUUAUUUAAUGUUCAUACCAAAGAAAGAGCAAUAAAAAGAUCAGAAUGAGGACGUUGAAAUGAAGAGCAAAUUAUUAGAAAUUGAAAGUCCAGAUACUUUGAGUGAAAAUAAAAGCAUAAACAAUUAAAAAACACCUAUUAACCAAGAUGAUUACAUACCAGUUAGCAAAGAUGGAUUAGAUUCCCAAUCUUUGAGAGAAUCAAAAAAAUCAGUUUAGUACUCCUCAAUUGAUUUUAUGAAAUAUGCGUAUUUUGCAAACAAAACUUUAGGUGCUAAUAAGCAUAUUACAUGUGAGGAAAAGAUUUAAACUCAUAUUAAUAUCAUCAAGAAAAUUACUAGCAUUACUAAGUACGAUGAAUAAUUGUAUCGACUCCUAGCUGGAUAUGAAUUGAGAAGAUCCCUUAAGUACUGUCUGCAAGAUUACUCAAUUAAUUUUCAUUAUAAAUAAUACUAGGACUAAAAAUCAAAUUAAAUAUCAUAAGAAGUAACUAUUAAGGAUGAUUAUAAAAACCAAUAGCCAAGCAAUAAUUAAAUAGGCAUUUAGUAAAAUGAAAACAUUGAUGAUUAAUUUAAUAUUGAAUAAUUAGCAAAAAAUAGUAAUUUCUUUUUGCUUUUCAAUACAUUUGACUCUCCAUUCAAGAUCAAACAGGAAUUCUAUCAGAUUAAAGAAACUUGUCAUAUACUAUUGAUUGAAUUGUUUAGAUAUCUUGAUUUACUUCUAGAAAAAGCUCAAAAUAAUGAAAAUUUAGAUUGGAUUGCAGGCCCAGAAAAUAGGAAAUUCCUAGAAAUGAUAAGUAGCCAUUUGCUUUAUGUACAUUUUAAGCAUCCUAGUCUUUUAUAAAAGAAAAAUAAACUUGAAGAUGAAAUUCUAGAAAGAGAUAUAGAUAUCUAUUAAGCAUAUAAAUUCGAAAAUCAAGGCAAUUUACACAAUCCCUUGUAGCUUUCAGCAAAAUAAAUGCAAGAAAUAUAAUAAGCUGAAAUGGAAGAAAUUGAUAAGGAAUUACUAAAUGACUCAUCAAUCAUUUCAAAUGAAGGGACCGAUUUAGUAGAAACAUCAAUUUAAGAUCCUAGUGUACUCGACGACCUGCUUUUUGAUUUUUCAAAGAUCUCAAAAUUGUACUAAAUAAUUCUAAAAUAUAAGAUAGAUGAGUUAGAUAGCAACAUUUAAAGAUGUUAAUAAAGCAAAACUUAUUCUGAAGGGAAAGGGGAUUAAAUACCACCUAACUCGAAUAAAGAUCAAUUACUAAUUAAAAAGAAAAUAGUACAGGAAUUAAGGUUUAUGGAGAAAAUUCUAACUUCUCUAAAUGGUAUUACACCAAUAGCUAAUCAGUACCUUGAAUUAUUUGACUAAUGUGGUUACUUUCUAAUGAAAUUCAAAGAAUAUAUUGACAUUAAUUUUUUCUCAAGCAUAUGCUAUCAAUUAAUGAAAAAGAAUCCAUCGAAAAAAAAUGAGAAUUUACUUUUAGAAUAUAGGAAAUAAUUAGCAAGUGAUGUGGAAUCAGUAACGAGGAUAAACUACUAGAAAAUAAUCUAUGUACUUAGUAGAUCCAUGUUUCCUUUUAAUGAAAUGACCUUGAAUGACAUUUUUUACAAUUAAGAUGGUAAAUUCCGUGGAUUCAAGGGCUUAAAGCCCUUUCAUUUCGGCUCAAUGAUGCCAUCACUAGCGAGAAUGAGAUACAAUCAAAUUGAGAUUAUAAAUUCCAUUUGCAAUCAAUUUUCAAGCACUAUUAGAAACGAUUUCAAAUAUAUAGAGCCAAAGUAUAUCAAAGUUUUUAUAGAGAGGCUUUUGAUACUUGAUUUUAGAUUGACAAAAGAUGCAAUUGUAUUCUUUAAGGAGAUAAAAUAUUUAUUAGAUUUAAACAAGCCUGCUUUAGAGAAAAGUUUGAAAGAAUUUUUGGAGAAGGAUUAAUCUACUAUUCAAGCAGAUUUAGAUAUGUUGAAUUCGAGAAAUAGGAUAUAGUCAUCUUUACAGGAUAUAAGAAUUAUUGAAUAGUAUUGUGAUUACAUAAUAUAAGGUGAUAAUCCUGACUUCAAAAUAGACUUAAUGAUUGAUCAAUGA